CAGAGGGCAGCAGCAGUAGUCGCAGUCUGUCGGGGGGCGGGUCGGUGGGUGUGAUCAAAGCUACAAAGCUACUUAAAAAGCCAGCGUGUGUGAUUGAGCCGACAGUUACUGCAGGCCAGGCGGUGGGUGACAGUGACAGCUGGUAUGGCUGCCGAGCUACAGGCAUGGAGCGGACCUCUGGCCUUGAACGAAGUGGAUGAGAAACCCCAGCACCCGCUGGCUGUCAAAUACGAUGGCGUGGAAACCGGUGCGCUGGGCAAAGUGCUGACGCCCACCCAGGUGCAGAAACGUCCAGUCAGCAUUAGCUGGCCUGGUUCCAGUCCAGCCAAGCAAUACACUCUAGUUCUGACUGACCCCGAUGCUCCAAGUAGGGAGAAACCACAAUUUAGGGAAUGGCAUCAUUUCCUUGUAGUUAAUAUGAAAGGAAAUGAUAUUAAAAGUGGAGAGAUUCUUUCUGACUAUGUUGGCUCUGGUCCUCCCCAAGGAACAGGUCUUCACCGCUAUGUCUGGCUGGUUUAUGAACAAUCUAAAGCUUUACAAUGUGAUGAACCACGAUUGACCAACCGGUCUGGCGAUAAGCGCGGGAAAUUCAAAACUGCCGCUUUCCGUAAGAAGUACAGUUUGGGUUCGCCAGUGGCUGGCACCUGUUAUCAAGCUGAAUGGGAUGAUUAUGUGCCAAAACUUUAUGAGCAGUUAGCUGGAAAGUAAAAAAAUUGCAAGUUUCUGAACAGUAUUGCAAUUUUAACAAAUGUGCACAUCCUUGUGACUAAUGUCAAUAGUACUGUUGAGUUCACAGUUCCUGUCAUGGCAACCACCUUGCUUUUGACUCUAAAAUAAAACAUGAGUGGAUGAUAA